AUGAGGGGGGGUAUGUGGCGACGGCGGGAGAGAAGAAAAAGAGACAAUGAGGGGGGGUACGUGGCAACGGCGGGAAAAAGAAUUAGGAUGGUCUCCUCGAGAAGGGAGGCUAAAGUCGAUAGGUGGUGA